AUGGCAUCCCCCGAACAGCAGCUGGACACUCUGAGAGAAGGCCUGAGCCGCGUGAUUUUGGACCAGCUCGCGGAAACCUUGCGGGAUUAUUCGUCCGGUAACCUGGCGAACCCGGUGCUCCGGUUUGAGGCCUUCAUCCAGGACGGCGAGCCUGGGACGCAGGGCCAUUCCCCCCGCUCUGCCGUAGUUUCGAAAAUGGUAGACCUGUCCGGCAUUAUAUCACAAAGCACAACCAACAGCCCGAACGCGAGCAGCAUCGGAAGAGAACAUGCCGAGAACACGACGCCCCCGGCCGUCCUGCCACAGAUGUUCCCGGAAGACCGCCCGGCGAGUAGCAGCAGCCGGUCCAUGUCCCUCGUCCGAGGAACCCAAAGAACGCCGUCCCUCGGGCCGCUUCCCCUGCCGCUGCCACCACCACCGCAGCCGCCGCAUCACCAGUACCACCAAACCCAGUAUCAUCACCCGUCCCCCGAGCCCUCCGAGAUGGUCGUCGGGCUGGGAUCGCAUCCACGGAGAGGAACAGGGGCCCUGCGGCCUGUCAGGGCCGGCUCUGGGCGAGUGCUCGAGGAGGAGGAGGAACCGCACAGCCAGCGGCGCAUGCAGGUGGCGAGCAACUUCCCCAAGCGCGCAAAGACGGCCGCGUCAUUAUCGUCGGGGGGCGGGGCCGUCUUCGUGCCGCAGCAGUCGUCCAUCGAGAAGUUCGUCGUCAGCAUCUGGGAGCAGAUCCACGGCGGCAUCAGCCUCGACCCCCAGAGCCUCCUCGAGCAGUGGCAGCUGACGGCGACGGCGGCGACAGCGACCAUCAACAACGCCGGCAAGAUCCACGUGCCGGAGCAGCUCGAGCUCGGCCUGCUCCAGGCGCCGACGGCCGACGGCCUUGGGGUGCUCGGACCCGGCUCCGGCUCCGGUAACACGACGACGACGACGGCGACGCUCGCCGAGAUCGACAUGGAGGGCACCUUCAACCGCAGCAACAUCUUCUGCCGCAAGGUGACGCAGGCGAGCCGGGCGUGCCGGUCGAUCGAGGUGAUUGUGCAGGCGCGGUGGAUCGAGCACUUUGACUCGUACGUCGAGCUGCUGGCCAUGACGAACCCGGGCAUGUCGCCGACGAAGCGGCGCAAGGCGGCGCUCAUCGAGGCGUGCAACGACUUUGGCUGGUCGGAGAAGGAGCUGCGCAACAAGAUGGCCAUCUGGCGCGGGUACAAGGAGAUCAAGGACGCGGGCGGGUGGGCGGCGCUCGUCUUCGCUGGCAUGGGCCUCUACCGGUUCUGCAAGUACCGCGUCGGCUUCAACACGGAGAGCAUGCAGCGGCUGCGGUGCCUCCGGCCCCGGAUCGAGGUCGCCGCCGACACGCUGCACCCGACGUGGCGGCAGCUGCUCAUGAUCGUGGGCGAGCCGGCGCACCGGCGGUUCUCCGGGCACCCGCACGACUGGGUGGUCCGGCAGGACGGGUCGGACCCGGUGCCGCUGCGGUCGACGUACCUCGAGUACGACCCCUACUUCAGCUUCGAGCAGCUCGAGCACUCCGUCAUGGACAUGAGCGCCUGGGGCUCCGACGACCCGCGCUGGGUGCCGCCCAUGAACACGGUGGCCUGCGUCCAGGGGAAGCAUACGUGCCACUCGUGCGGCCAGGAGCAGUCCGAGGACCCCAAGGUCAACUCGUGCUACUGCUUCCCGACCCUGUUCGGCUCCGGCAGCCGGAGCCCGUGUCCCGUGCAGGUGUUCCGGACGCCCGACGGCCGCAACAACGGGCUGAUGGCGCUCUGCCCCUUUGAGCGCGGCGCCGCCAUCGGCGAGUUCGUCGGGCUCGUCACCAAGGACCUGCAGAACAUGGACGUCAUGGACAGCUCGACGGGCGUGCGGGCCUACCAGAUCUGGCAGGGCCGCCAGGGCAACUUCACGCGCUUCGUCAACCACAGCUGCAAGGCCAACGCGCAGUUCCAGCAGUUCGUGUGGAUGAGCACCCAGCGCAUCGUCCUCGUGAGCAAGGGCAUCGAGGCCGGCCGCGAGGUCACGGUCGACUACUCGGGGAGUUACUGGCGCGGCCUCGACAAGGACUGCCUCUGCGGAGAGUCGUGCUGCCGGUACCGAGGCACGCCAAGAUGA